AUGCAGAAUCCACGCAAGUAUACGGUUCUAGGCUGCUUGCUCUUCCUAUUGUUGCCGGCAAUAGUUGACGGCGAAAAUAACGGAGAAGAGCCAUUAGCAAUUUAUUUAGAUGUUGGAAAUGAAAUUCAAAAUGUUAUUAGUUUGGUCAAUAAACACGAAACGAAGUUAAACGAUUUCGACGAUAAGUUACUAAGACUUCAAAAUAUGCUGGCAAAAUUCGAAAAACAACUUUUGACGUUGGAGCUAAAUUUGAAUACUGCUGAGAAUUUGGAUCAAAAAUUACAGGUUUUCAACGCGAAGUUUGAACAGCGGCUCUCAUCAAUCGAAACUAAUUUAGCGUCUUCUAUGAAGAUACAAGAGGAAAACUUCAAAGCGCUGUCUGACGAAAAUUCUCUACUGCAAGAGGAGUUCUUGUCCCAUAGGGACGAUUGUUGCCCCGCGGGACAUACCUUAAAUACAGAGAAUUUGAACAAAGCGUUAGCUUCUGUUGCAAAUACCACACAGAGUCUGGCAAUAGUAACGUCUUCGGAAAAGCCGACAAUAGUUAGCACGCCACAAACAUUACGUGAUUGUGUCGAAGUGAAAAUGAUGCUUGGUUCACAGUAUAAAGACGGUGUUCACGAACUACACUUGCCAGGUUUUGACGCUUUCAGCGCAUAUUGCUUAACUAGAUGUUCACAAGAGGAUCAAAUAGACUGUUGCCCCUGGACUGUGAUACUACGUAAUGAAAACAGUGGCGUAGGCACAAUGUCUAACAGUUGUUUGGAGUAUAAAAACGGGUUUGGUAGUGCGAGCCAUGACUACUUUGUCGGAUUAGAUCGUUUGCUUAAGAUGACCAAUCUCAAAAGGCAAACGUUGUUAGUUGCUAAAAGUUUCCAGUCAGGCGAAUAUUUCAUCUACGAUGAUUUUAGUAUAAGAGAUGAGCGGUAUAAUUAUGACGUUGAUAUUUUGGGAAACAGCUGGGGGCAUAAAAUUGGCGCAAAAUUUUUCUCAAACGCCAUAAAAUUAAAACAUGCCACUAGAGGUCAAUGCUACUUUUGGCCGUUUAAAACUCUUGGUCACUUCAAUUUAUUUAACAGGCGCUUUUCCACUAACUAUUUUAUGGCGAUACGUCCCAAGAUAUGUCAGUGA